AUGGAUACCACGUGGGUUCAGCAUCUAAGAUCUAAAUUCGCGGAAGCCCACUUACUGCUGGGCAUUUGUUCGGACCAGUUCACAUGUUUCGUUUCUGUAAACGGGAUCCCGUAUGUAGUCAGUCUAUGCCUGUUUUUAUACUUUAUCUGCGACGACCGAUGCAUCGACCGGUCGCUGCUGUCUCGCUUGGACAGUGUAGUGCUCGCCGAGGCUUACAUUGUCACGGGCCUUAUCAGUCUAGUGAACUGGCUACGCCCCAGAAUCCUUCCUGAUCCAAGAUUCGUCACCGUGGCGAGGAUGAUUGCAGUAUAUGGACCAUGGAUGAUAGAGCGGCGGAUGGUAUGUGCUGCGCUCUGUGCUGUUACCCAAGACUCUUCAAUGGCCUGUAAGCCUUGCCCUGUAAAGUCUGGGCCAUACUUGACUAGGCUCUUCUGGUUCUGA